AUCAAAGCGCCAGGCAAGGAGAAUCGUCUAGAAAUUUACAUUCGAGAAAAGAGGCAAAAAGGCGUUUGAGUUGUAAUUUUAUGGGAUGUAAAUUGAGCGAACGCCGAGUGAAAAUCUAGUUCGAGAUAAUCUAAGUGUUGUGGGUAUCCUUUUUACGUCGAAAAACACAGUUUGUCAUAUUCAGUAAACAUAAUAAUUAGUGAGAAUGGUGGACUACAGCAAAUGGAAAGAUAUUGAGAUAUCUGAUGACGAAGAUGAGACUCAUCCAAACAUCGAUACACCAUCACUGUUUCGAUGGAGACACCAAGCACGCUUGGAGCGCAUGGAAGAGAGAAAAAGGGAAAAGGAAGAGUUCGAACGCAAGAAGAAUGAAACAAAGAGGAAAUUAGCAGAAGCCAAAAGCAAACUCUCUGAAUUGGGUUCUGAUGGCCCUGAUCUUGAAUCAUUAAAAAAAACAUUGGUCGAGUUGGAAAAAGAAGACAGAGAGCUUAAAAAGAAGGAAGAAGAGCUUAAAAAGAAAGAGAAACAGACACCGUGGAAUGUAGACACAAUCAGUGAACCCGGUUUUACAAAAACUGUUAUUAAUACGAAACCCGCUCGUGCGAAGGAGGAGAAUUUGACUGAGGAAGAAAAAGAAGAAAAGAUGAGGCAAUUUAUUAAAGAAAAUGAAAAACUUUUAAAACAAUUUGGUAUGUUGAGAAAAUAUGAUGACUCAAAGGCAUUCCUUCAGCAACACCCACAGCUAGCAUGUGAGGAAACAGCUAACUACCUCGUAAUCUGGUGCAUCAACUUAGAAAUGGAAGAGAAACAUGACCUGAUGGCCCAUGUCGCCCACCAAACAAUCUGCAUGCAGUACAUCUUAGAACUCUCCAAGCAACUGGAUGUGGAUCCUAGAGCAUGCAUUGGAUCAUUCUUCUCAAGGAUACAGGUAGCCGAGAAAACAUAUAAAGACUCAUUUGAUGAUGAGCUGAAUCAGUUCAAAGCCAGAAUCCAGAAGCGCGCCGCCGAAAAGAUUGAGCAAGCCAUCAAGGAGCAGGAGGAGGAGGAGAGGAAAGAGAGGCUUGGGCCCGGAGGGCUGGACCCUGUUGAAGUGUAUGCAGAACUACCUGAUGAACUGAAAAAAUGCUUUGACACACAAGAUGUUCCAUUGCUACAAGCCACAAUAGCCAAGAUGCCAGAGCAGGAAGCUAUUUACCACAUGAAGAGGUGUGUUGACUCAGGCUUAUGGGUACCCGGCAAAAAUGAUGAGGAACCCACCAUGCGAGAGAAUGAUCCUGCUCCUGCUGCCAGUACUGAUGAUUUAGACUGAGAUUAAAAUUCACACAAAACGUAUUUUAAAUGUAGACAUAACUAUGCAUUUUUUAUUUAGUCCAUGGUGCAUUAAUUUCAAGUUUUAUAUGCUUACUAUAACGACAAAAAAUAUUAAAAUCGUUCGUUCAGGAUGGACAGGAAUGCCUAGAAGUCUUACAAGAUGAAUACAGAAGCAGUGCAUAAUCCUUUGCCUCAUAUUUUCACGGACAGUUACGAAACUAGCAUUCUAAUUCAGGCAGUCUCAGUAGUGUACAAAAAAACUACUGAUAUUGACUAGUAGUACGAGUUCUUAACCAGA